UUGUGGGUGUGGCAGUGUGACACGUGACAGAGACACGUGUCAUUGGGAAGAGGAAGGGUAGGGUAGGGUUUUUGGAUAGUCGGUUGCAUGCGAGGGAGGAGGGUGUGUUAUUUGUAGUAGAGUGAUUGAAUUGAAUGACAAUCAUGGAUCUCAAGCAAGAAUGGGCAUCUCUGCAGAGCAAGAAAUGCUGCGCUGACUGCAAAACCACCAAGACCCCACUCUGGAGAGGAGGACCGGCUGGACCCAAGGCCCAACAACACCACCCACUUCUAUUUCAUUUCCCUUUCUCUUUUUCUUUUAUGCCCUCAAUUAUUUAUUUUUUUUAUUUUUUAUUUUUGGGUCAUGCAGACUCUGUGCAAUGCUUGUGGAAUUAGGUAUCGGAAGAAAAGGGCUUGUUCGAGGAAGAGAGAGGAUGUUGCGAAGAAACAGAGGUGGAAGAUGUUGGGCGAGGAGGAACAAGCUGCGGUUUCUUUGAUGGCCUUGUCCUGUGGUUCUGUUUUCGCUUGAGUCAUUCAUUCCAUUCCUUAAUUCUCCUGAUUCAAGAGGGAAAGGGACUGCCAUCUCUUUUUUAGGUUUUUCACUACUGUUUAUUCAGGAUCAUAGCUUCCAUUAGUUACUCAUGUUAUUGCUGUUGACUCAUUGGUUGAAGAAUUCUUGAUCAAGCAAUUGUCUUAGUUGUCGUAAUUGAAUUCAAAUGAAAACAGGCUCCAUGAUUUUUUCACUAUUGCAUGUACCUGGAUGUAGAAUACAAAGCUUAGCUAAUUUUUGGGGUGAAACCUUCCACAGUUUCAGUACAAAUUGUGGAAACAAUUCUAGCAUCAGGCUGCUUGGUUCUAGAAUUUAUGGUCUUCAGGGAGGACAUAGAAAAAAGUGGACAAGACCUAUAACUACAAAUACAGAAGGCAACAGGAGCACCAAAUCAAAAAGUAUCAAGCAUGAAAUUUUGAAUGAAACCAUUUUAGCAAGUUCUACAGUAAAUGUAAAUAAAACACAGCUAGGUCAAUUCCAGGCAAUUGAGUAUUGUGACUUACAACAAGAGAUUGCUCAGAAUAAAAACUUGUCUAGCUUAGUCACUGUUAUCGUUUUUGAUAUUGAGACCACAGGGCUUAGUAGAGAGAACGAACGGAUCAUUGAAAUUGCACUUCGGGAUCUUCAGGGUGGUGAGAACAGCACUUUUCAGACUCUUGUAAACCCUCAAUGCAAAGUUCCUAAUUCACGUAUUCAUGGCAUUACAACUCAGAUGGUCAACAAGCCUGGUGUUCCAAGGAUGGUGGACCUAAUUCCCAUCUUAUUGAACUACGUUCAAACUCGUGAGAAGCCUGGGGGAUAUGUGUUAUUUGUAGCUCAUAAUGCUCGUUGUUUUGACGUACCCUUCAUCAUCAAUGAGUUACGAAGAUAUUCUAUGGAGAUUCCUCCCAAUUGGUUGUUUUUAGACACCCUUCCUCUGGCUCGUGAGCUAAUGAAGUCUGGAGGAACAGAACUUUCUUCAACAUCCCUUGCCGCCCUUCGUGACCUCUACAGAAUUAAAGUGGAUGGAUCAGCUCACAGGGCCAUGGUGGAUGUGAACACGUUGUCCUUGAUUCUUCCCAGGUUGACCUUUGAUCUGAAAUUGACCUUAUCUGGCCUUGUCAAAAAAUCAUUCACAGAAUCAGAUAUUAUCAACUCCAAGAAGAAGAAGAAUUAGAUUAGUUUUCUGACUGUAUUAUCUAUCCAUUCAUGUUGUGGCAAAAGAAUUAUUUGUAACCUAAAAUCGGGCUCUCUUCUGUUUGUAUUUGAAGGAGAAAGAAGAGAAACAUUGUUUGUAAUUGUUGACUUGUUCUCAAUAAAAUCUAAUUAUUGUUUAUCGGCUA